CAAGCAACUGGACUUUAUUCUUUCCUGACCUUUGCUCCUGUGACACACUCUUCCUGGCUGACACUGUCACCCCUUCAGAGCAGGACUGCUCUUCUCUAGGGAAGCUGGAAAGGAAACAGCCAUGGCCAAGGACAUCCUGGGGGAAGCAGGGCUGCACUCUGAUGAGCUGAACAAGCUGUGGGUGUUGGACCCAGAGGUUACCCAGCAGACCACAGAGCUAAAGGAAGAGUGCAAGGACUUUGUGGACAAAAUUGGCCAGUUUCAGAAAAUAGUUGGUGGUUUAAUUGAGCUUGUUGACCAACUUGCAAAAGAAGCAGAAAAUGAGAAGAUGAAGGCCACUGGUGCUCGGAACUUGCUCAAAUCUAUAGCAAAACAGAGAGAAGCCCAACAGCAGCAACUCCAGGCACUAAUAGCUGAAAAGAAAAUGCAGCUUGAAAGGUAUCGGGUUGAAUAUGAAGCUCUGUGUAAAGUAGAAGCAGAACAAAAUGAAUUUAUUGACCAAUUUAUUUUUCAGAAAUGAACUGAAAAUUUCAUUUUCUAGCAGGAGGGCAAAACAAAGAAAAAAAACCCCACAACCCCCAAACCAAAAAAACCUCUGCACCAAUCCAGUGACUUGACUAACGACCCAAGUGUGUUGUGUGAGAUGGUGUGUGAGGAAUGCAGCAUCUCUGAAGGCAAUAAAACAAAUCUGGGGGAACUUGUUUCAGACGUCAGUGCCUAUCUGCAGGCGAACACCCAGAGGCCAUGGUGGUCCAGGUUCUCACCUCAUGCAUUCUCAGU